ACAGCCAGGGGAGCAAGGUUUCAUCGGGAAACCAUGGAGGCGCAAGUGUCUCGGCCCCUCAUGGAGAUGGCCCUCCCCCUGCGGCUCAUCUUCCUCCUCUGCUUCUUAUCCGCUCUGCCACGUCACUGUCACUUCCUCGCCGCCGAUGCUACUUCGACGCUCGUCGCCAGCCUCCCAGGCUUCGAUGGCCCCCUCCCCUUCCGGCUUGAGACCGGGUACGUGUGUCAAGCACGUACGUUCUUGGACACUCCUACGUUGCAGGUCCACUCGUUUACAAGCUCCUCGUCCAUGGUCCGGAUCUUUUCUUUUCACAACAAAUGUGAUGCGGUUGCAUUUCACUCCACUCAUCGUGAAGGAUCCUUUGUCCUGAGUCCUGACACACACCAUGGACCAUGCCCUGCUCCACGGCGGAACAAGCCAGGCGUCGCCGCUUUGAGGGUUGUAUACUCGAGAAGAAGACGACACGUGCUGUUGCCCCGGGUGUGUGUCGUUUCCGCGUGUCAGGGCGCCGAGGCGUACUACGGUGUGCUCUCUGUCUCCAGUACCGGAAAACACUGGAAAAGACCCACGAAGGACUUCAAUAAUAAAAAAACAAAAUGUCAGCGGCUAGAGGUCAGGUGGAGCAGCCGAUGGAAGUGGGCAAGUACGAACAGCCAGGGAGCAAGUUUUCGUCGGAAAACCAUGGAGGCGCAAGUGCCUCGGCCCCUGCGGCUCAUCUUCCUCCUCUGCUUCUUCUCCGCUCUGCCACGCCGCUGCCGCUUCCUCGCCGCCGAGGCGGCUCCAACGCUCGUCGCCAGCCUUCCAGGCUUCGAUGGCCCCCUCCCGUUCCGGCUUGAGACCGGGUACGUGACCGUGGACGAGCAGAACGGCUCGGAGCUGUUCUACUACUUCAUCGAGUCGGAGGGCGACUCACGGAGCGACCCGGUCAUCGUCUGGAUCACCGGUGGCGACCGCUGCAGCGUCCUGAGCGCGUUGCUCUUCGAGAUAGGUCCGUUGAAAUUAAUCGGAGAGCCCUACAAUGGCACCAUACCGCGGCUGCGGUACCACCCCUACGCAUGGACCAAAGUUGCCAGUGUCCUGUUCGUGGACUCGCCGGUCGGCGCCGGGUUCUCCUUCUCCCGGGACCCCAGAGGCUAUGAUGUUGGGGAAGUCUCUUCUUCGCUGCAGCUCAAAAAGUUCCUCACCAAGUGGUUCACCGAGCAUCCUGAUUACCUUCCAAAUCCUUUCUACGUCGGAGGAGACUCAUCCGGUGGAAAGAUCGUUCCAUUUCUCGCACAGAAGAUCUCAGAAGAUAUUGAAGCUGCAGUGAGGCCGUUAAUUAAUCUUAAGGGCUAUCUGGUCGGCAACCCGGCUACCGGUGAAUACAACAUCGAUUAUGGAUCGAGAGUGCCAUAUCUUCAUGGAAUGGGCAUAAUUUCAGAUCAGUUGUAUGAGAUGAUAAUGGAGCAUUGCCAAGGGGAAGAUUAUAGCAACCCCAAGAAUUCGCUCUGCGCUCAAGCUUUGGAUAGAUCCAACCAACUGUGGAAUGAAAUUUCACAUCCACACAUUUUGUACAAAAAGUGUGUCUAUGCGUCUUCCAAACCAAACGACGGGAGUACAGAAAGAAAGAUCCUAAAGGAGGAAGUAGGAGUACUUAAGCAUCCACCUCCUCGUCCUCCAAUGGGUUGCCAGAACUAUGUUAAUUACCUAUCAUAUUUUUGGGCUAACAACAACAUCACUAGGAAAGCCCUUGGGAUCAAGAAGGGGAGCAAGGAUGAAUGGGUGAGGUGCCACGAACGAGAUCUACCUUAUUCUUUGGAGAUCAAGAGCACAGUAAAGUACCAUCGUAAUAUGACGCUAAAAGGUUAUCGUGCACUGGUAUAUAGUGGAGACCAUGAUUCUGUUAUACCAUUUCUGGGUACACAGUCUUGGCUGAGAUCACUCAAUUUCCCGGUAGUGGAUGAGUGGAGGGCUUGGCAUCUAAAUGGACAGUCCGCGGGAUUCACCAUAACAUACACAAACAACCUGACGUUUGCUACGGUAAAGAGCCCGUGGAGUUCGGCGCUGCUCCGUCCGCUCUGGGAGCGCACUUGAGGAGCGGAGUGGAUCCGAACAGGGUCAUAUUCACACUAAGUACUUGUAAAGGAUACAAAAAGAAAAGACCAAUAUGUGGGUCUAUGAUAUUUAUUUUUGGACGGUGGGAGUACUAUAGAUCUUUUUUGAGAGUCCAAUUCGACUACAAUUGAAAACAUGAGAGUUGUACAUCUAGUCCGAAAUUGCUAAUGGAGCUCCAGCUCCAUGGAGCCAACAUUUCAAAAAUUCAAAAAUUAAAUUUUUAGAUUUAAAAAAAAUAUCUGAAAGUACACACAUACCUAUGGAUGUAUACCACUUGUCUCUAAAGUUUCAUGGUGAAAUACCUAACAAGCUACAAAAAAAACCCAUCUAUUUCUAGCGCAUGUACUUUCACUAUAAAAGUACGUACAUGAAUUUCUUCUUUUACAGCUCACAUAAAAAACUAUUUCAUAAUAAAAAUUUAUCCCAAAUGAUAGUGCCACACGUGUGGCACGAAGUAACACCGUCCUGAUGUUUUUUACA